AUGGCCAAGCCUGUCCCAACUCGCCUGAACGUGGCUCCCGUGCCUCCCGACGAGAUCUUUGCCCUCAACGCCGCAUACUUUGCCGAUACUUACCCCCAAAAAGUCAGUCUGGGUGUCGGUGUCUACCGAACCGACGAUGGGAAGCCCUGGCCCUUGCCGGUGGUCCAGAGAGCGGAGCAAGAGUUGGCGGAAGAGGACGAUCUUAUGAGACAUGAAUACACCGCGAUUGAGGGAGACAAGCCCUUCCUACCUAUUGCGCGGGAUCUGAUGUUCGGCUUCACGGGCGAAGCUAGUGAAGAGUCUGCCAAGGCACGCAUUGCGACUGUUCAGACGGUGGCGGGCACUGGUGCCAAUCACCUGGGUGCCUUGUUCCUCGCUCACCAUAUGAAGCCCCCAACCGUCUGGCUGUCGAACCCAUCCUGGGCCAACCACAUGACCAUCUGGGAAUUGGCCGGCGUGCCACGCAAGACUUACCCUUACUACCAUGCGGCGACGAGAUCCUUCGACUUUGACGGUAUGAUGUCGACGCUGGAGAGCGAGGCCCAGGAGGGAGACGUGGUGCUGCUGCACGCGUGCGCACACAACCCCACCGGUCUGGACCCGAACAAGGAGCAGUGGAUCGCCAUCGCCGACCUGUGCGAACGGAAGAAGCUCUUCCCCUUCUUCGACUCGGCCUACCAGGGCUUUGCCUCGGGCUCCGUCGAGGAGGAUGCCUGGGCGGUGCGCUACUUCUUCAACAACAAGCCCGACAUGGAGAUGUGCGUGGCUCAGAGUUUCUCCAAGAACUUUGGUCUCUACGGACAGCGCGUGGGCGCGUACCACUACGUGACGAACCGUAGCGCAACCUCGAUUCGAGAUGUGAUUGUGAACAACCUUUGCCAUCUCAUCCGUGGCGAGUUCUCCAUGGGUCCUCGCAUCGGCUGCAGCAUUGUCAAGAAGAUCUUGACCAACGACGACCUGGUGGCUCAGUGGCACAGGGACCUGCAGGUGAUGAGUUCCCGGAUCAAGUCUAUGCGACAGGCCCUUUACGACGAACUCACUCGCUUGAAGACUCCCGGGACUUGGGAGCACAUCAUUCAGCAGAACGGCAUGUUUUCGUACACCGGACUUAGCCCGAAGCAAGUCUAUGCGCUCAAGGACAAGUAUCACGUCUACCUGCUCAAGUCGGGUCGUGCCUCCAUCAGUGGCUUGAGUAAGAAGAACGUCGCCUACGUCGCCCAGGCCAUUGACGACGUCGUACGCAACGUACUGUAA